CAAGCAAAGCCAGAGGGAGUCGUCCUCUUCCUCUCUCCCUCUUAUCCUUUUUACCCAUCAGCGGCUUCGAACGGAAGAGAAGCCGUCAGUCUCACCUCAGAGGGCUCUGAGGAAAAGCAAGCAAGCAGCCCUUUCACCUUAUCUUCUUCUUCAUCCCCACCGCAAUCCCCCCCAACAUUAUCCCUUCUCCUUCCCCUUCCCUUAAACCCUAAUCCCACCCACCCCCUCUCUCCCUCUUACCCCCGACCUUCAAUGGAGUUCAAACCAAUUAUGCCUGAGGAGUCGAACGCGGCGCAGGCCAAGGCGAUGGAGAACUACUCCUCAGGUUCUUCCCCCUCUCCUUCUUCUUCCUCCUCCUCUGCCUCCUCUGACGAUUCCGAUGACGAGGCCGUCGCCGCCAAUUCCGUUACCAUCGGGGACGUGAAAUUGGGCGGCGACAGCGAGGGCGAGUCCGAUAACGGGGGUUUCGCGAGCGGCCAGGAGGAGUUCGAGACUGCCCCCGACGCUCCAAUUUCGGCCGAAAUGGGCCGCGAGAUGGAGGCUCGUGGGGUAUUUAGGCCCGUGGCGAAGGUGUCGAAUGAUGAUGAUGAUGACGAUGAGGAGGAUGUGGAAGGAUAUGGCGGCGGUGGUGCGGGUGAUUCGAAAGCUAAGGUUUUUGUGGAGGAUUUAGAUGGGGCGAAGGGGGUGUUUGUGGAUAAGAAGCUGAGGGAGUUGAGUGACUUGUUGGAAGCUGGUGGCAGUGUUGAUAAGAACUUGGUGAGUGGAAAGGGACCUGUGACUGGAACUGUGGAGGCUCCUGAUAUGAGUUUGAGCUCCGAAGUUGGGGCGAUGUCUGUGGCCAAGACUGGAGUGGAUAAGCUGAAGGAUGAGGAGAGACGGGUCGGCCCUGAGGUUGCUGAACGUGUAGAUGAGAAGCUUAAUGAGCUAGAAGGGGUGAAUUUUACUGCUGGAGGAGACGCUGUUGUGGAAACCAUACAAGUCGAUGUUUUGAACUCCGGGGCUGCUGUUGUUGGGGAUGUAGCUGGAGGGAAGGAUUCCGGAAUUGUGGAGAGGGAUAUCCCGGUUGAGGGAAAAGUAAGUUUGGACAAUGAGUUUGAGCCAAUUAGCAGCAAAGCUGUCGAACCCAUUGCUUUGAACACUGCUGUAAGUACGAAUGGGGAGAGUGUUGAUGAAUCGGUGGAAGUGACUAGUAUUUUGCAGAAAGAUGAUGGUGAUGUGGUGGGAAAAGGAGCGGAAGAAAGCUCCAAAAAUGGAACAAAUGUUGAUUUAACUGAUGGUGCAAGUGGAGCUGCUAUGCCCGUGAUUGCUGAGGGGAAACAAGGAACUGAAGGGGAGCUUGAAGCAGAUUCUAGGGCUGCACCGGAGAGUAAUGGCACAAUUGUAGAAGCUCAAGAGCAUGCUGCGGAAGAUGGCAUCCCAAGUGGAAUAGAGUCACACCAGCGAGAACUGUGUGUUGACUCCGAGGACAAUCAAAAGCUUAAGCCAGAUGAAGACGCUGGGGCUGAAGAAGGCUCGGAAACAGAUGGAGAAAAGGAGGAUGUGCUCUUUGAAGACUCUGAAGCUGCCAAACAGUUCUUGGAUGAGCUGGAGAGAGGGUUGGGUGCUGGUUCUCAGUCUGGUGCUGAGAGUUCGCAGGGCAACUCGCAACGCAUUGAUGGUCAGGUUGUCACCGAAUCCGACGAGGAAGCUGACACCGAUGAAGAAGGGGAGGGGAAGGAGUUAUUCGACUCAGCAGCUCUUGCAGCUCUCUUGAAAGCUGCAACCGGUGCUGAUGAUGGUGGAGGAGGCAUUACCAUCACUUCUCAAGAUGGGUCAAGGCUAUUCUCUGUUGAGCGUCCUGCUGGGUUGGGAUCUUCUCUCAGGUCCGUCAGACCUGGCCCAAGAUCAAAUCGCCCAAGUCUCUUCUCUUCGAAUGUCACUCCUUCAGGAGAGUCUGAGAACAAUCUGACUGAAGAAGAAAAGAAGAAACUAGAGAAGAUUCAGGAGUUAAGGGUAAAAUUCUUGAGGCUUGUUCAAAGAUUGGGCUAUUCCCCAGAAGAUUCAUUGGCAGCACAAGUGCUGUACCGUUUGGCGCUUGUUGCAGGUAGGCAAACUAGUCAAAUAUUCAGCCUUGAGUCUGCAAAGCGAAGUGCUACUGAGCUCGAGUCAGAGGGAAAAGAUGACCUUGGCUUCUGCCUGAACGUAUUGGUCCUCGGGAAAGCCGGGGUUGGUAAAAGUGCCACGAUCAAUUCUAUCCUUGGUGAGAAUAAGGCCCAGAUACAUGCAUUUGAAACUGCCACGACUGAGGUGAAAGAGAUAGUUGGAACUGUUCAUGGGGUUAAAAUCAGGUUUUUCGAUACUCCAGCUCUAAGGCCUUCUAUUAUGGAGCAAAACACAAAUCGCAAGAUCUUAUCUAAUAUAAAGAAGUUCACAAAGAAAUGUCCCCCAGAUAUUGUCCUGUAUGUGGAUCGACUGGAUACACAAACCCGGGAUCUCAAUGAUCUCCCAUUGCUGAAGACAAUCUCGGGCUCUCUUGGCUCAUCGAUCUGGAGAAGUGCUGUGGUCACUCUCACUCAUGCUGCUUCAGCCCCACCUGAUGGCCCAUCAGGCUCUCCGCUGAACUAUGACGCUUUUGUUACUCAGCGGUCCCAUGUUGUUCAGCAGUCAAUUGGGCAAGCUGUUGGUGAUUUGAGGCUCAUGAAUCCGAGCCUGAUGAAUCCUGUUUCCCUUGUGGAGAAUCACCCAUCCUGUCGUAAGAACAGAGAGGGCGAGAAGAUUCUACCAAACGGUCAAGCUUGGAGACCACAGCUAUUGCUGUUGUCCUUCUCAAUGAAGAUCUUAUCAGAAGCAAGCUCUCUCUCAAAGCCUCAGGACCCAUUUGAUCACAAGAAGCUUUUCGGGUUUCGCAUGCGCUCACCACCUCUUCCGUACCUGCUAUCAUGGCUGUUGCAGUCUCGUACUCAUCCAAAACUCCCCUCCGAUCAGGGCAUUGAGAAUGGUGACUCUGAUGUAGAUCUUGCUGAUUUGUCUGAGUCUGAUGAAGAAGACGAAGAGGACGAGUAUGACCAGCUCCCACCCUUCAAGCCUCUCAGGAAAGCCCAACUAGCUAAGCUCAGCAAAGAUCAGAGGCGUGCAUAUUUGGAGGAGUAUGACUACCGGGUGAAACUGCUGCAGAGGAAGCAGUGGAGGGAGGAAUUGAAGAGAAUGAGAGAGAUGAAGAAGAAAGGAAAGGUGACAACUGAUGAGUAUGCAUAUGUGGGAGAAGAUGCUGAUGCUGAUAAUGGAAGCCCUGCUGCUGUUCCAGUACCUUUGCAUGAUAUGGUUCUCCCUCCCUCCUUCGAUAGCGACAAUCCGGCAUACAGGUACCGUUUCCUGGAGCCGACAUCGCAGUUCAUAGCAAGGCCUGUUCUGGACACUCAUGGGUGGGACCAUGACUGCGGUUAUGAUGGAGUAAACCUCGAGCACAGCCUUGCGAUUGCCAGUAAAUUCCCAACUGCUGUCGCGGUUCAGAUCACAAAGGACAAGAAGGAGUUCAACAUCCACUUGGACUCGUCAGUCGCAGCUAAGUAUGGCGAGAGUGGGUCUACCAUGGCAGGCUUUGACAUUCAGAACAUUGGGAAGCAGCUUGCAUACAUCCUGAGGGGAGAGACCAAGUUCAAGAGCUUUAGGAAGAACAGGACAGCCGCAGGGUUCUCUGUCACUUUCUUGGGAGAGAACGUGGCCACAGGACUCAAGGUCGAGGAUCAAAUUGCCCUCGGGAAGCGACUAGUGUUCGUGGGGAGCGCUGGGACGGUGAGAUCUCAGGGAGACUCAGUGUACGGGGCGAAUUUGGAAAUGAGGCUUAGGGAAGCGGAUUUCCCAAUUGGACAGGACCAGUCUUCUCUGGGGUUGUCCCUCGUGCGGUGGAGAGGGGACCUGGCCCUUGGCGCCAACUUCCAGUCCCAGUUCUCCAUUGGUCGUAGUUCAAAGAUUGGAAUCCGUGCAGGGUUGAACAACAAGAUGAGCGGGCAGAUCUCGGUUCGGACCAGCAGCUCAGAGCAGCUUCAGCUCGCACUCGCGGGGAUCAUACCCAUUGCAACCGCCAUUUACAGGAACCUGUGGCCCGGGGUUAGUGACAACUACCCGAUCUACUAGUUCCAUGGAACUGGUGAAAGAUUAUAAUUUUGAAAGCUCAGAUGAUCUCUCUCAGGCAUGAUUUUUGCUGCUCAUCAUUUUGAAUUGUUGUUACAUCACAUGUCCUUUCUGAAUUUUUGAACUCCAUGUUGCUGUUAUAUUCCCUCCUGUUAUUAGUAUUGUCAUCUACUACUUGAGGAACUCCGUCGAUGAUGAGAUGGAUUAUUCAUAAGGGAAUUAGAAUAAUAAUGUCAUUGUCUAUGUAACUCGGGAAUUUAACUCGGUGCUAGUCCACUUUUUCGCCGCGUUAAAUUCAUUGGAAGAAUUGAGGUUUCUGCUUCAUUUUGUGACACAUUCAUAGCGAUGAAUUUGAACUGAGGAUAUGUGGUGGAGGACCUCAAGGAUUGGAAAA